AUGAAUACUGUGCAGGUUAUUGAAUUUUCAAAUAGAGUAUUUGAUAAAUACGACAAAGAUAAAUCAGGAUUUAUUGAGAUAGAUGAAUUAACUUCCUUAUUGAAUAACUUCGCCAAAGAAAUUAAAUCACAACCACCCACUUAAAAUGAGAUUAAUUAUAUGUUACGUUUCCUAGAUAAAAAUAAUGACCAAAAGAUUAGUAGAACUGAGUUUUAGAAAUUAGGAUAAUUGAUGGUGAAAGUUCUAGGGCAAAUGUGA